CGUCAAUUUGAUUGAAAUUUAAAAUUAAAAAAAUCAUUCCUUCUGAGUUUGAUGGCAAAGCUGUUUUGAUAGAAAAUUAAAUUUGAACUUCAUCAAGUAGUUAAUUAAUAAAAAUGAACAAUCCGGAUAACGUUUACUUUGUAGUGCAUAAAAUAGUGGGCGAUUCAAUAAUCGAAUCUGUAAGAUAUGAAGAGGACCCGUUUAAUUUGGAUGUUAUAUCAAAGACCCCUGCAUACUUUGAGAACGUAAGUUUCGAGAUUAGCGAUUUCAGCAGUAAUUCGAAUAUGUUGAGGAUAAAUCCGCCGCGAGUUUCAGAAAAUGAUGAUUCGUUUAAGUGUAUAAAAAUCGAGAACUUGUACAUGUACUGUGAUUUAGAUGGCAACGCGGAGGAACGAAAGCUUCACGAUUACCCAGGAAAGAUUAACAUUCCUACUAUGAUACGAUGCCAAAACUGCGAGACAAAUUUUCCCACCAAAUACCAAUAUCAAAGACAUCAAUGCGAAUUUAACGCGGAAAAGGUGGUUUUAAAGCCAGAUGUCGAUAUAAACGAUAUAGAAAAAGGCGUGCGGAUUAAAUACGAUUGUGCCACAUGUGGCAAACAGUUUGUGAGCAAAAAUAAUUUGGAGAGGCAUCAAGCCAGUCAUGAAAAUAUGAAAGAUAAUAUUUGCGAGCAUUGCAAUAAGCAAUUUGUUAGCGAAAAUCGUUUGAGGAUUCACAAGGAGAAUCAUUGCAAGAAAGCCGGAGAUGUUUCCAAGUUUUAUAGAAGCGAUGUGGCGGUUUGGAAGUGCAAGAAAUGCCACGAAGUCUUUAGUUCUGUUGGUAUUGCAGACCACCAUCUUGCAUUCUGUAAGGAAAUAACCGACACUGAAAGAUCGGAAAUAGCGAACAAAAAUAACGAAGUUCACUACAUCCAGCACGAUGCCACAGGGGCCUUGCUUGAUUUCAGCCAAACUUUGAACUCCAACAUUGAAAAAAUCCUCACUGAAAUUCUCUUGCAAUGCGAGUUUUGUAACAGAACUUAUGCGGAUAAAAAUCUGCUAAUGCUCCACCAACGGCAGCACACCACGGAAAAAAAUUACGAAUGCGUGAACUGCGAGGAAAUUUUUGAAUCUUACGUCAGCGCCUCUCAGCAUUGGUUGAAAAAAUGCACCGACUACGCAAACUUGUUCUAUCUACCAAAACUGGCGUAUUGCGAGUAUUGCGACAGGACUUUUAAGUCCCACGAGAUUUUGUACAGUCACAAAAUAAAAAAGAAGCACUAUUCGACCAAGUUGCACAAAAUAAAGUGCGAUGAAACUGAGAGUCACAACGAAAUAGAGAAUGAAGACGAAGAUCAAAUGAUCACGGUAAAUGCCGAUAAACCUGAGGAGAAAAAGGUGUUAAUCUCCAAACUGAUCGAGGACGUUUUGAAAACUCUCGAUUUGCCAAUGAAAACGACCGAUGAAAACAAUAAGGAUAACGAAACGAUUAUAAAAGUGGAACAUUUGAGCGAUGCUAGUGCGAAUAGGACCGACGAAGAGCCGGAGAAGAAGAAGAGGGGAAGAAAGCGAAAAUGGCCCAGACAGUUGAAUGGGAAGAAGAAAGUCAAUGGUUCGGUGGAUGAUAAAUACAAGUAUCAAUGCGAACGAUGCGUAAAUAUUUUUACUACAGUUUAUGAUUUGGAGACACAUAGAGAGAAGGAGCAUGCUGCUAAUUUUAAUUGCGAAGAGUGUGGUCAGGUACUUCACAGUGCAAAAGCCCUUCUGAUACACAGCAGAGCCCACAAAAGUCUCAAACCUUACGUUUGUGAUACGUGCGGCAGAAGUUACUCCCAAACGUCCCAUUUAUGGCAACACAUGCGAUUCCACCAAGGCAUCAAACCUUUCGCUUGUCCCCACGAAGGCUGCGAGGCCCGCUACACGAUCAGACCGGAUCUAAAGGACCACAUAAGGAAAGUUCACACCAGAGAACGUCCUUUUAAGUGCACCGUCUGCAAUAAGUGCUUUUUGACCGGAUCGGUUUAUUAUCAGCACCGGUUGAUUCAUACGAACGACAGAAGAUACGGAUGCGAUGUUUGUCAGAAGCGCUUUUUCCGGGCGGACGCAUUAAAUAAUCAUAAAAGGAUACACACAGAUGAAAGGCCUUAUCCUUGCGGCGUAUGCGGUCGUGAGUUUAGACAAAAGGGCGACAGAAACAAGCACUUUCGUACUCAACAUCCAGACGUCAUUCAAACUAUCGCACUAUAAAGGGUCUUUUCUGUGGUUUUGCUUUAGCGCUUGAAAGGAGGUUAACAUUCUAAUUGAAAUGUUUAAAAUGCAGGAAAAGUACACAAAAAUAUAAAGUAGGGAUUUCGUGGGGAUUCAUUAAAAAUAGGUUUAAUUUUAGUUAGGAGUUUUAUGUUAUGUUUUAAUGUUUUAGAAUUAAAGUAAAAUGAUUAAAUUUAAAAGUAGAAUUUGUCAAAGUUUGGUAUUUUGUUAAAUGUUAAAUAUUGUAAUAA